AUGGGCAAGGACCGCUUCGUCGUCAACCCAUUCGAUGAGCUCUCGCUUUCGAGUGCCGAUAAGGCCGGUCUCGUGGACUUCGGCUACAACGUCAUUGAUCAGAAUGUCGAGAAGUACGAACGGUUCAUCAGUGACAGUGGUCCAAGAGUCGACCAGAAGAAGUGGAAAGUCAUCAAAAGCAAGGACGACACCCGCGUGUAUCUGGAACGACACCCGAUGAUCCGGACUACCACAGACGGUGCUAAGACCGACCACCCAGAAUUCCUGAUGACUGGUAUCACGUGGGGCACUGUAGACGACUGCAUGUUCGGAGCCGUCAACCCAACGCUCGAGUCGAUGCGGAUCAAAGCUUCAUACGUCGAGGAUAUGAGCGGGGGCGCUGUACUGGCUUCCCUUGACACACCAACAGUCGAAGAACCUUUCAAGUCGACGUCUGUGAAGUGGAUGGAGCUCGAUCUCCCGUUCGCGUCGACCUCGCUCGUCAAGAACCGCGACUACGUUUACCUUGAGUGCACAAAGAUCGUUCGACUGUCCACUGGUGAACGUGUCGGUGUCAUGAUCUUCCACUCGGUCAACUUCCCACAGACCAAGAUGCUACCUGGUCGGAUCCGUGCCAACAUCACAGUGUGCUGUAUCUUCCGUCAAGCUGGCCCCGAUACGAUUGAAAUGUACGGGUCGGGCAUCGUAGACCCGGGUGGUGACAUGAUUAAGGCCUUUGUGAUGCCAAGUAUCGCUACCAGUUACCUCACGACGCUUAAGUACGCACACUGCGGUAAGAUGAAGAAGAUGAUCUGGAUGUUGGCGAAGCGCUAUGCUAUGGCUAAGGAGCUGGGGACUCCAACUUGCCCAAGUAUCUGUGUCACGUGCACGACACCCAUCUCCAAGCUCCGGAGAGGCGACUACAGCAAGAGCGAGGGCAAUACGUGCAAGUUGUGCUCAGGGUUCUUGUGUCGCACGUGCAGGAUUCAGCGGAAACUGACCUUUGUCGGCUCCGACCUCGAGCUCGAACAACGCAAAGUCUCUUUUUGCGGAUUGUGCCUGCAGAAAGGAAGGACCAUGAGUCCGAUGGAGGUGGCAAGAGAACAUGCUGCUGGCACUUGCAAGCAAAUUGUGACGUAUCCUACCAUCGACUCCUCUUACACCAGUACAUCCACAUCGCCAUGUGACUGA